AUGAUUGAAGGCGGUAUUGAGGAAAAUGAUGAGGAUGAGGAUCCACUCCGAAAACUAUUUCGCAACAUUCGCAUUGUCUUUCUCUUCACCUCACUAAUGGCUACUGCUACGCCUACUGCUGCUAGUCUCACCCAGAUCCGUGUGCAUAUUCCUGUCAUCCUUAACAUGAGUAAGAUGAACUACGACGGCUGGCGUAUCCUCUUUGAAACCCACUGUCGUAGCUUCUCCGUAACCGGUCAUCUGGACGGAACUUCUCUACCCACCGAUGAUGCUGACACCAAUUGGCAACAACUCGAUAACACUGUCAAGAUGUGGAUCUACGGCACUAUCUCUGAAUCUCUCCUCAACUCUGUUUUGAAGGCUCAAUGCUCUGCUCGUGAACUUUGGCAAACCCUCGAAAAUCUUUUCCGAGACAACAAAGAGGCACGUGCGAUUCAGCUCGAAAAUGAGCUCCGUAAUCUCACGAUUGGUGAUCUUCCGGUGCACGAUUACUGUCAAAAGCUGAAGAAGAUCUCGGAUACGCUCGCCAAUGUUGACUCUCCGGUGACGGAGCGUGUGCUGGUUAUACAUCUUCUAAACGGUCUAAGUUCAAAGUUUGAUAACAUAAUCAACGUUAUCAAACAUCGCACUCCACCGUCUCCUUGUUGCAACCACUCUCAACGAGAGCAACAAUCAGACUUCGACAAUCAACGCAACUACAAUAACAACUACAGAGGCAAUCGUAACCAUCGAGGCAAUCGUGGUCGUCAAGGCAGAGGACGUAACAACUACAAUCAGAACUGGAACCCUCGGCAAUCAUGGUCUUGGCCACAACAACAGCAGAAUUGGCCACAACAGCAGCCACACUACAAUCGGAAUUGGCCGAUGCAGCCUCAAUUCCCACCUCCAUACAAUCGACCACCAUAUCCACAUCAACAAUACACUCCACCUCCAGCGGCGGGACUUCUCGGGCCGUCUCCUCAACGCCAAAAUACGGCGUACGUUGCUCAGACUGUGCAACCUUCACAAUCUGAAGCCAUCCCCACUGCUCUUGCCUCUGCAUUCAAUAGCAUGACUUACCAAGAUCCUGCUGAUCAUGGAUGGUACAUGGAUACCGGUGCCACGGCUCACCUUACCUCUCAACCAGGUGCACUCUCUCUUACCCAAAACUCUUCUUCUUCUUCUCUUCCUAUUGUCACAGUUGGUAAUGGCUCAUCUCUUCCUGAAAAGGACCUUCGCACCCGAGUGCCUAUAAUCCGAUGUGACAGCAAAGGUCCGCUGUACUCCAUCAAAUCUCCUUCCUCUCAUCAAGCGCUCAUCACCAACACUAUCGGAGCCAAAGUGUGGCAUUGUCGUUUAGGCCACCCUGGCAACUCCACUCUUCGUUCUUUAUCAUCUUCUGGCAUUCAAUCUAGGUUUUCUUGUCCUCACACUUCCCAACAAAACGGAAGACCUGAGCGUACUCUCCGAACAUUAAACAAUCUCAUUCGGUCUCUUCUUUUUCACGCUCACAUGCCUUCCACGUAUUGGGUCGAAGCUCUCCACAUGGCUUGCCAUUUGUUUAACAUUCUUCCCUCCUCCACAAUCGACAAUGACACUCCUUUUUCAAAACUUUUUCAAAAACCUGUCUCUUAUGAUCACCUCCGUGUUUUUGGCUGCCUCUGCUACCCAAAUCUUUUACCCACUUCAGCUCACAAACUAGCUCCUCGUUCUGCUAAAUGUGUCUUUUUAGGCUAUCCUUCUAACCACCGUGGUUACCGCUGUCUUGACUUGAGCACAAACAAAAACAUUUUAUCACGCCAUGUCGUCUUUGAUGAAUCCUCUUUUCCAUUUAACGAAGAUCCUCCCAGUCCAUCCUCAUCUCCACCAACAUCUUAUUCUUUUCCAUUUCCCAUUCUUCAAAAUCUUCAACCUGAUCCAAUCAUGGAGACUCCGGCUUCUGACCAUUCAACAUGGUCGUCAUUGCUCUAUUUGGGACAGUUUGCGGCGAGGUUGACAUGUCGUGGCUUGCUCGUAGGUUCAAAAUAUUUCGCAGGUAAAAUCCAUAACGCAGCUGUGAAACUCUAG